GGGGACGGCGCUCCUCAGGGGGCCGCCGCCGCCAUGGACUCCGCCGCCGCGGCCGCCAUGGCCGCCAGGGACUCGUCGCGCUUCACGUGCCCCGUGUGCCUGGAGGUGUACGACAAGCCGGUGAAGGCGCAGUGCGGACACAUUUUUUGUUCCGCGUGCCUGGAGGAGUGUCUGAAGCCGAAGAAACCCGUCUGUGGGGUGUGCCGCAGUCCUCUGUGGAUUAAAGAACGGGCCAGGGAGCUUGAAAGUCAAAUUGAAAGGACCGAGACAACUUGUAAUGGCUGCCAUAAAAAUCUGUUCCUUUCCAAGCUGCGAGAGCACGCGGCGUCCUGCGGCAAAUACCAGAGCCUGCUAAUGGAAGAUGUUAAAGCGGCCUCUAAAGAUGUGUCUCGUCAGCAGAGGGACGUCCCAAACCGCUUCACUUUUCCUUGCCCUUACUGCUCGGAGAAGAACCUGGAUCAGGAAGGACUAGUGGAGCACUGCAAAAAGGACCACAGCCUGGACGCUAAAUCAGUGGUUUGUCCAAUUUGUGCCUCGAUGCCCUGGGGAGACCCUAACUACAGGAGCGCCAACUUUAUAGAGCACAUCAAAAGGCGGCAUCGGUUUUCCUACGAUACCUUUGUGGAUUAUGAUGCCGACGAAGAUGACACGAUGAACCAGGUCCUGCUCCGUUCCUUGAUGGAUAAAUGAACCGAGGGCGCGGCUAGGCACUUGAAAUCCGGAGCUUCCAUCGCCUGAAUGAAAACAAGCAAUCUUGACUUCUCUUCACCAUCGCCACGUUAAAAAUGGUGUAGACUGUAAAAGCGACCGAAUUUGUUUAUUUGUGUGUGUGUGUGUUUCGUGGGGGCCGGGAGAGUUGAUGUUUAAAGCCCAGUUCCUCCUCGGGUUUGUCGCUGCGUCUGCGGGCUACACUGUCGACCUCCUCUCCUUUCGUUGCAGCUCAUCUGCUUCUCUGGUUUUCUGGUUCCUCCUCCGGGGAACAGAACGUGUUUUCCUCCUUUGCCCCUCUGCUUUCAUCCCUCCCCCUGUCCACCUUAGUUCCAUGCUCUUUGUUUCAGCCGUUAUUUCCUCUGAGCCAGCAGUAAUUUCCCAGGGCCGGUGGCCCAGCUGAGACCAUGAAAUCUCAUUUUCUUAUCCUCAGGAAUGUGGGCUUUGGACACAGGUGUGUCCCGAGCCGCGAUCAAACUUGGGGAGUAUCAUGGGACCAGCAGUUGGUGGGGGGGGGGGUGGCGCUUGUUACUCGCUUUGUCUGCCGAUGCCUGGGUUUUUCUUCCAAGAAAUCCUUUUAACUGAGCAGAUUUAAUUUAGCAGGGUUUAGGGUUCCUAUUAGCUCUCAGUAACAUUUUCCUAGCACUCUGACUCUUCCAGAAGCUUUCCGGUGCAAUCUUGGGUUCAACACGUACACGGUGCCCUGUGGGAGAAGGUUUGACCCUCCAUUUAUCAGUUGCUUCUAGGUUAGAAGUUGAAAUGAUCUUUAUUUGUAAAGGAGUUGGGGGAGAGGGAGGGAAGUUUUUUUCACUUAAGUUGUUUUCAAUCUCUGAGAUUUACUUUUCUUAUGCAAACGGUAGUAGAAGUCUCCUUCUGCAUUUUCUUACAUCCUCGGCUCUGGGCUUGUGUAAUAAGGUAUUAAGAUCCAACUUGGAGGAUCCAAAAGCACUCAGAAAAACCGUGGUGAAGCUUGGCUUUUUAAUGCUUCAAUUUCCAGGAUAUUUUUUUUUUACACUCUUUAAAAAUUGUAUUAACCUUGGCCAACAUAUGUAAAUUUCGAAUGGCUCCCUGGUGAAAGUGGUUUUAAGACAAGAGCCUCGUUUUGUACAUUCCUAGCGUAAAGGAAAUCAGAACGGUCACAGACCCGUACGCACAGGUAUUUGAAUGUAAUGCACGGGCAAAAAAGCACCGUCCAGGAAUAACCGUUCUUUGCACAAAGUUUAAAAAGGUCUCUAACCACCUUUCAGGUCUACAAUCCCUCUUAGUGCUUGGAAGAAUCAUUCAGGGGAUUAGAGAGACGCUGCGAGGCUCACAGAAGGAGGCACAAGGCCGAGGCGGAUGGUAUUCUGAAUAGCUUCUGAGGGGAAAAGUUGAAUUCCCAGGGCGGAGGCCGGUCCCUGUUGCCAUCGUGGCCCAAAGGUUUGAAACUGGGUGUUUGCCACUGUUCCGAGCCAACCCCACUAGUUUCUAGUAGUUUAAGCGCGAUAGGAUUUUUUUUUUUUUUGGCCAGUGACCCGUCUUCCCACUGUACCGGUGGCCGGCCGCUGCCUGAGGACGAUAAACUGUUUGGAGGCCCCCGAAGGAUAGAGGUUAGCUGACCGCCUUACUAGAAACCCUGAAUUUAAUAUCAUCCGCACAGGUGAUUAUAUCCUCCGUCGGGGGCUGGUCCGUGACUCGAGUUGGAAAGUUGGUCCACGGUUUUGCUGGUGCUGUGAAUUCCAAUGAUAUUUUGUACUAAGUGCACUUCUUGUAUUUCUUAUGAAAAUGACUUUUCUGAAAGUGAGAGCUCGUUUUGUUCUGGCUUUUAUAAGGCAAUGUAAUGUAUAAAUAAAUUCAGUGACAUAA